AUGUCGCCAUGCAGGGGAUGGGGCGCAUCCUUGCUGGUGGUCGCGUUCAUGGCGGGAAGAGGAGGAGAAGGAAGAGAUGCUGAUGUGAACUACAAGACAAGCGUACUUCGUCCCGUGCAUGGCAGUCACUCGGAGAUGAUGUACAACUCAAGUAUGCGGGAAGAGAUGAGAAAGCACUUCGACAAGAUACCUCAGGAAAUCAAGAAUUACAUUGAUCAGGCGCACGACGACUGGGUCCGGAUCCUCAGGUUCAAAGAGAAGGCGAUGGCGGCCAAGCAGGAGACGCAGCAAGAGCAGCCGUCGUCGUCGAGCAACUACACCUUUGAGCAGCGGCUGCGAGGAUGGGCGUUGAGGUCGCAGGGGGGGGACAGUAUGAAUGGAACAAACAACGCAACAGAGGAAGAUGAGGAGGAAGUUUGGAGGCAGCAGGGUGUGGGAGGAGGGGUUGAGGGGAUUAGAGAAAACAUGUUGAAUGACUAUCUUCGCCAUGUGAAUGUCGAGGAGGUCUUUGCGAUGAAGAACGCAACUGACCUGGCAGUAUAUAGCGAGAUCCAGUCGUUGAUAGAAGACAUCGACUUUGUUGGAAAUGUCUCCUCUCACUACACCUACCCCCUGGUCAGUAUCAUCCCCCACGGCCCUUGGCUUCGUCCGUCGGAUCAAUUGCUCUUCAACGCCGAGUUUCCGCUGCCUCCGAUCCACCAGGAGGGGGAGAGGGAGGAGGAGACCUUCGCCAACUUUGUUCUUGCUCUGCUCUCUGCUAAGGAAGGGGGAUGUAUCAUGCUUGACUCGUUCUCCUCGGCUGACUUCCCUGGGGUCCCCAACACCUUUCCUGUCACUCUUGCUAUCAGUGUGCCGGUCUGGUGUUGCCUUCUCAACCGACUUGUGCUGCGA